ACCAAAGUAAAGUCUUUACCCGAACGUUAAAACCGCUCUCUCCUCUCCUCUCCUGAUUUAACAUCUCUCAGAGUAUAACUAUAAAUUCCCCGACGAUUAGAUUAUAUAAAAGGAUUCUUGUCAUAUACCAAUCUCAUUUGAUGACCAAAAGUUCCAUCCUUUUUGUUUGCUCUCUUCGUUCCACAAUUCCCUCACAAUCCAACCCCUUCAACACACAGCUUCACAUAAAAUAAAGAAAGACUCACAAAUUCAGAAGUAGUGGUUUUGUUUGCGAAUACCAAUGGCGUCCUCAUCAUCUCAAGAGAGAUCAAAGCAACUACACAACUUUUCUUUGCCUUGUUUGAGAUGGGGCAAUCAGAGACUCCUUAGAUGUGUCAAAGUCAGUGAUGACAUUAUCAAUAGCAAUGAUGAUAAUCAGCACCAGCAAGGAUUUCAAUCAAAACCCAUCAAUUUGGUUUCUUACAAGAAUUAUAAACCAAACCCGAUUCAAGUCAGCAAUGCUGCUGCCAAAAGAUUGAAGCUUCCUUCUUCUUCUCCUUUUGUUGUUGAGGAAGAGAAAGGAGGAGAAAAUAUUGAUGAAUCUCCAAGACCCUGGAAUUUGAGGACUAGAAGGGCAGCUUGUAAGGCUCCACUUAGAAUCGAAGAGCAGCCGUCAAGGAGAGAUGUUGUUGUUUCUCCAAGGAGGUAUUUAGAGAUUGAUUCACCAAAGAAAUAUUAUGAGAGUUUGAUGGUGAAGAGGCAGCAGAGUUUCGAGAUGAAGGAGAAAGUCAAGUUUUCGAUUUCUUUAUCAAAGAAAGAGAUUGAAGAGGAUUUUCUUGAGAUGGUUAGAAUUAGGCCACCAAGGAGGCCUAAGAAGAGGCCUCGAAUCGCACAGAAGAAUUUGGAUUCAAUUUUCCCUGGGUUGUGGCUAGCUGAAAUUACACCAGAUUCAUACAAGGUUCAAGAAUUGCCUGAAUCAUGAAAGGGCAGGGAUUGAACUGAAAGCAAAAUUGUUUUCUGGGGAGUUUCUUUAUAUUCUGAUUCCUUCCUAACACUGGUGCAAUUCACCUCGACUUAUGGUAACGCUGCACCAUUUUUGUAAAUUGCAAAUUUAAUGAAAUAAAAUCUUAAAUUCUUGCUUUGUUUUGCAA